AUAUUUGUACAUUUUACUCUCUCUAUCUCUCUCUAUAUAUAUAGAUAUGUUCUUGGCCUCUCUACUUCAGUUCUCUAGAAAAACUUUUUGUUUGGCUAGCUCUCACUGCAUGCCUGUAAGUGUAACCAUGCCAGAAGCUCCUGUAUCCGAGCGUGGUUGUUGUAGCAGUAGCAUUAUUAUCGAUGGCGAGAACAAGGCAUUGGAAUUUAUUGAGGAGGUUACGAGUAAUGCCGAUGCAGUUCAAAAACGGGUUCUUGGUGAAAUCCUUUCUCGUAGCGCCAGCGUUGAGUACUUGCAACGACAUGGCCUGAACGGGCAAAUUGACCGACAGACUUUCAAGAACGUCGUGCCGGUUGUCACCUAUGAAGACUUAAAGCCAGAUAUCGACCGUCUUGCCAAUGGCGAUACUUCACCGAUUCUUUGUUCCCAGCCCAUCUCUGAGUUCCUUACUAGCUCUGGAACAUCUGGUGGGGAGAGGAAACUGAUGCCAACAAUUGAGGAGGAGCUGGAGAGGAGGUCAUUGCUUUACAGCCUUCUGAUGCCUGUGAUGAGUCAAUUUGUUCCAGGUUUGGACAAAGGCAAAGGAAUGUAUUUUUUGUUCAUAAAAUCAGAAGCUAAAACCCCGGGAGGACUUGUUGCACGUCCAGUUUUAACAAGCUUUUACAAAAGCUCACAUUUCUCGAACAGGCCUUAUGAUCCAUACACCAACUAUACUAGCCCCAACGAAACCGUUCUUUGCCCAGAUUCCUAUCAAAGCAUGUACUCUCAGUUGCUUUGUGGGCUUUAUCAAAACACCGAAGUUCUUCGUGUUGGAGCUGUCUUUGCUUCUGGCUUCAUUCGAGCAAUCAAAUUCCUUGAAAAACAUUGGCUUCUUUUGUGCAAUGAUAUUAGAACCGGCACCUUGGACCAUAAAAUUACCGACCCAUCAGUGAGAGAAGCUGUCAUGAAAAUUCUUGAACCAAAUCCCAAACUAGCUGAUUUCAUAGAAGCUGAGUGUAGCAAAGAUUCGUGGAGGGGGAUUAUAAAUAGGCUGUGGCCAAACACCAAGUAUAUUGAUGUUAUAGUAACUGGAACAAUGUCUCAGUAUAUUCCUACUUUGGAUUACUAUAGCAAUGGCCUCCCUCUUGUUUGCACCAUGUAUGCUUCUUCUGAGUGUUAUUUUGGCCUUAAUUUGAAUCCUCUGUGUAAGCCAAGUGAAGUCGCCUACACCCUUAUGCCCAUCAUGUGCUACUAUGAGUUCUUGCCGGUUAACAGGAAAAAUGGCUUCACCGACUCCUUUGCCAAGCCUGUCUCCCUCGAAGAGAAGGAAAACCAAGACUUGGUUGAUCUUGUUGAUGUCAAGCUAGGACAAGAAUAUGAGCUUGUUGUAACCACUUAUGCAGGCCUGUAUCGCUAUCGUGUUGGGGACAUACUUCGAGUGGUGGGAUUCAAAAACAAGGCACCUCAAUUCAAGUUCGUAUGCAGAAAGAAUGUUGUUCUUAGUAUUGAUGCAGACAAAACCGAUGAAGAUGAACUCCAAAAUGCAGUGAAGAAUGCAGCUGACCAUCUUUUGUCAUUUGAUGCAUCACUCACCGAAUAUACAAGCUAUGCCGACACUUCAACCAUCCCUGGCCACUAUGUUCUGUACUGGGAGAUCAGCCUUAGCGGCCGGGCCGCCGCAAUUCCUCCUUCCGUUUUUGAGGAUUGUUGUCUUUCUGUUGAAGAAGCCCUCAACAGCGUAUACCGCCAAGGCAGGGUUUCGGAUAAGUCCAUCGGCCCUUUAGAGAUAAAGAUAGUGGAGAGCGGGACAUUUGACAGGCUCAUGGAUUAUGCUCUCAGCCAGGGUGCUUCAAUAAACCAGUACAAAGCUCCCCGCUGCGUGAAAUAUGCUCCCAUUGUCGAGCUCUUGAACUCGAGGGUGGUUGCAAAUUAUUUCAGUCCAAAAUGCCCGAAAUGGGUUCCGGGUCAUAAGCAAUGGUGCACUUCUCAGAAUUGAAGAACAUGCAAGAAGUUUAGGAGAGAUCAACCCAUCUUAAUUAGUUUCUUGGUGAUGUUUUAAUCUUUGAAAGAACAGUUCUAAUUAUGAUCUUGUUUCAUGAAUAUUUCAUUUCCAUUAAUGAAUAUGGGUUGUUAACUAAUUAA